AUGCUUUUAUCAACGACCCGGCUUCUGGCGGCUGCUCUUACUUUGAGCACCUCCGCCCUCGCCGCUAUCUCAGGACCCUUCUUUCUUACCAUUGUGCCCGAAGAUGGGUCGGCCCCCUACCCAGCAACCGUAGCGACGGUAUCCCGCGGUGCACAAAUCUUGUCCUCGGCACUUGAAUACGAGCAGCAGUUCACAUUCAACAGCUCCUCUGGGCGCAUCUUCAAGGCCGAUGAGCCGACCAAUGGCAAUGGCCCGCUUAACUCGGGUUCGGUCUUGCUAUUCAAUAGCCAGGGUGGCUCUGGCUCUGCCUUUGAGCAAGUCACCGUGAAAGGUGCCGUCUACCUUGUGAAAAAGGGGACAGGGGCCAAGAGCAUCCACUCAUGGUGGAGCAUCCCUACCACCACAGGCCUCCCGGUUCAAGUUGAAUACCAGGGAGUUAGCUCUGACGAUACCAAUGCCGCAAUUAGGAUUGACAUUGAGGCGCCCUAG